UGAAAACAUUCUAACUUGUCAAAUGUUGUCACUUUUUUUCACACCCAAAAAUCAGAAAAUACUCCUGGAUUUUUCGUUUUGAGAUUUUGGCUCUGCUCGCCCAAAAAUGCCGGCGUACCAUUCUCAAAUCAAGGAGUUCUCGCAGUCGGUGGGAAACAUGGCCAUCCUGCCGAUUCGCACACAGGCGCGCGGACCGGCACCGGUGAACGCCAAUCUGGAACAGGACAUAAUCGACGAAACGCUGUACUACUUCAAAGCGAACGUCUUCUUCCGGACGUACGAGAUCAAGUCCGAGGUGGAUCGGGUGCUUAUUUACAUUACGCUCUACAUUACGGAGUGCCUGAAGAAGCUGACGCGUUGCUCGAACAAGAACCAGGGCCUGCAGGAGAUGUACACCCUGGCUAUUUCCCGUUUCGACAUUCCGGGCGAGGCCGGGUUUCCGCUGAACGCCGUAUAUGCCAAGCCCAGCACACCCACCGAGGGCGACCUGAUGAGACAGUAUUUGCAGCAACUGCGGCAGGAGAUAGGCAUCCGCGUUUGCGAGCGAGUGUUUUCCGGCGAAGAUGGCAAGCCGAACAAGUGGUGGCUCUGCUUUGCCAAAAAGAAGUUUAUGGAUAAGUCACUGUCCGGACCAGGCCAGUAGGAUAACAUUCGAAAGCAGGCGUACUGUUGGCGCAUCCAUGUUUGAAGCAUUUCUUCUUUUAAUAAAUAAAUUCC